UUUAAAAAAAUUCAGUCAAAAAAUACAAAAAAGAAAAAUAAUUUAAGAUUUCAAAAUGAAUUCUUUCAUUUUCCGUUCGAUGAUGAAUUUCUCAAAUGUUUUGACCGUGGGAAUCUUUCUCGCAUACAUUUUUAUCAGUUCUAAUUCUGCUUCCGCCGCGAGUAUAUCCACACCCUCGACAACUGAACAUGAUACGCUGAACAAAACAGAAUCAACCGAAGCGAUAACAACAGCCAUUCCAGUUACAAAACAAACUAGAUUUUCAAAGUUUGCAAUGAGCUGUGGAAAUUGGAAAAACGCCUGCAAGAUGAGCAAAAACAAAAACAAUUACCAAAUGACUUGCGCAAAAGCGGUGAAGAAAUUAAAAUUCUUGAAAGGUCCAAAAGAUUUUAAGACGAAAAUCAAUUUUUGUUACGGUUGCCGAAAGUAUGUUUGCAAGGGAGGUUCAAUUGUUGGAUGAAAAAUUGGAAAUCAUUUGUCGGAAUUGAACUACCAACCAACUAUUUGUGGCAGAAUAAAAACGCUCACCAAGAAGAGCUUAACGAUGCAGAAUGAAUGUUGACUGUAUUUAAAAAAAAAUGUAUGAUCGUGCAUGCUCUUGGAAUUGAUUUGUAGUUUUUAUUUCACCAAAUACUUUUUCGAUGCCUAAUUAUUUUUAUGUACAAAUAAGAUGCUUUUAAAAAUAUACAAAUAAUCAAUUAAUUUAUUCAUUCAUUUCACUGUAAUUCAUUAACAAAAUAUAGGUUUCAUAUAUCUUAAAUGAAGUGAAGUGUAAUCCAUGUUGUUUAUUUUAUUAAUUUACCACGCUGCAAAAAUUUGAAUUCAAAUAAAAAAUUUACUAACAGUCACGUUUACAUCAUUCCCAGAAUCAGAAAUUAGUUAAUAUUAAUUGGUAAGAAACUUUGCUUACUUUUCAAUAUAUUAGAAAAAUUAGAGUGUAUUAUGUCCUGAAUUUAAUUCUUUGUAAUUCAGUAAUUAGCCUUUAUAUUUAUUAAUUUAUAUUUAGUAUUCAGUAAUUUGGGCUUUAUCAGUAUAUAUUAUUACGUCACUAUCAACAAACCAUAAUACCCAGUCAUGCUUCCAAUUUGAAAGAGUAGAAGGUUGUCAUGCUAGUAACAAAAAUAAUUGAGAAUUAUUGGAAAGUGUAUUUAAGUAUGCAAAUUAUUAAAACAGACUGUAACUUGUGAUUUGUUGACGUUUGAGUUUACAAGAAUGUUUAAAAAUUAAUAUUAAAAUAGA